AUGUCUCACUCGUACGAACACCUCCUCCCACCGAGCUGGAAAGCUCAAAUAACGACCUGGCUGGCUGAGGACACCCCAUCUUUCGACUACGGCGGCUAUGUCGUCGGUGAAGCUCAGCGCGAGGCGUUUCUGCUCGGAAAGGGCAGCCAGACCGCCGUCCUCGCCGGCGCACCAUUCUUCACGGAGGUCUUCGCACAGCUCGGAUGCGAGGUCGAAUGGCACAUGAAGGAGGGCGAGACCUUCGCGCCCGUGAAGCAUGUCGCGACGGUGCGGGGGAAGGCCCGUCACCUUCUCCUCGGCGAGCGCGUCGCUCUGAACAUGCUCGCGCGGUGCAGCGGGAUCGCGACCAAGUCCAAGGCCAUCCAGGACCAGGCGCGAAGCUACGGGUACAGGGGCAUCAUCGCGGGGACGCGAAAGACGACGCCGGGGUUCCGACUGGUAGAGAAGUACGGGAUGCUGGUCGGGGGAAUCGAUCCCCACCGGCACGACCUCUCGAGCAUGAUUAUGCUCAAGGACAACCAUAUCUGGUCCUCCGGAUCAAUCACAGCAGCGAUCAAGGCAGCGCGUGAGGUCGGCGGAUUCAGCCUCCUCCUCGAGGUGGAGGUGGGUUCCGAAGCGGAAGCGGAUGAAGCCAUCGAUGCCGGGGCCGAUAUCAUCAUGUUGGAUAACAUGGAAGGAGCCCAGCUCGUGAGUGUUGCUCGCACACUCAAGGAGAAGUGGCAGGGAAAGCGCAAGUUCCUCUUCGAGAGCAGCGGCAAUAUCACAGAGGCCAAUUUACAGGAAAGAGCGAUCAAUGAGAUCGACAUACUCAGCACAAGCACGGUGCAUCAGUCCGUACAACAUAUCGAUUUCAGCCUGAAGAUCCAAAUGCCGAAGUGA